UCGAAACUACGAAGACGUCCUCCCUGUGUUCAGAGAAACAACAAAGUGUUGCUACAGUUUUCGAAGAGCCCUGCAGUAUGGAGUUUAUCACAGACGUCACCAUCAUCAUCGAUGAAGCUGAUUACAAAGACCCAGUAAGAUUCAUGAAGUUUCUUCAGUCUCACAGUCGUGAGAAAACAGGUUCCUGCUACAAAGUGAGAGGAACCUAUGAGGAACUGGAGGAACUUUCAAUCAAACUGUCAACAGUGCGGCAUCGCUCCAGUUCUGCCGCAGGAGAUCAGGUCUGUCACGAAGAUGAUCAGGCGUCAAGUCGUGUCAAAUCUGUGGAUGUAUCUUGCAUUGUUAUGGCCUACAUUGAGCAAAAGUGUGCAAAUGAACUGAACAAAAUUGGAGGUAACACUUUUGUCAUUGAAACAAAGCCUGAUCUCAGAACAGUAUACAGUAAACCGAGUAGCACAGUACAAGUGACUUUCAGACCACACCGUGUCUCCAUAUAUCCCGUUCAUGUUGACUUUGUCAGAAAGCGAUUCAUCACAUUCUACCAGAGAACUGCCUCUGACCUGCAGGUCACAUCUGUCCCUGUGAGUCCACAUGACCACAAAGAACUGCAAAACAGAUUUCCACAACUCCUUUUUAAACCCAGCCACAACAAACAUGAAGUAACAGUGACUGGCCCUUUUGUGCACAUUGCUAAAUUGGAAGAGUUCCUUUUAAAAAAUAUGCAAAGCUCAAGCAAGAGUCCCGUAAACAAAGGUCCAGCAGACACCCCAAGCAGCGGAACUAUGGGUCCUGAAGAUGAAUCAUGUCCAAUCUGUAUGGAACCAAUAGUAACAGCAGAGAAAGAGACUCUACAGUGCAAGCAUGCUUUCUGCAGAAACUGUCUGAAAAAAGCUUUUUCCUACAAGCCUGUAUGCCCAACAUGUGGAGAGUUAUACGGCAUCUUGACAGGGACACAACCUGAUGGAGGCAAAAUGAAUGUCACCAAAAGCUCCUCGUCUUUGCCUGGAUAUGAGAAAUAUGGAACAAUAAUCAUCCAUUAUUACAUUCCAAGCGGCAUCCAAAAGGAGGAGCAUCCUAACCCCGGUCAGCCAUAUGAAGGUGUAUCCCGUACAGCCUAUCUCCCUGACUUCUCAGAGGGCAGAAGGAUCCUGAAACUGCUGAGGCGAGCCUUCGAUCAGAGACUCAUCUUCACUGUUGGCCAGUCCACCACCAGUGGCAGGAACAAUACGGUCACAUGGAAUGAUAUUCACCACAAAACCUCAACACAUGGAGGACCAACUCACCAUGGAUACCCAGAUCCUGAUUACCUCAGUCGAAUUCGAGAUGAACUGACAGUCAAAGGAAUUGAAUGAGUUAUUUAAGGUUUGUCAACACACAAAUAUAGAGCAUCAUACAAACAUUCACAGUUUAAAAUGCACACAUACAAGUAAACUUAAGGUGUUGUGGAACAGAGGACUACAAUCCAGGAGGGAUAAUUAAUGUCAUUUUAAUGUAAUUUGAUAUUUCAUAAAUAAUGAUACCAUCCCACAUUUGUAAACCAUGCCUUCAACUGUCUUUUUUUGGUUCAAUGUCAAUUAGUCUGUAGUGUUUUUUUUUAACAUGUUUGAAAUGACCUUGUUUUAAAUCACUAAAUAUGAAAAAAAUUAGAAAACGAAAUGUUAAUUUUCAUUGGUCUGGUGAAUGUUCUUAGACUUCAUGAUGUGUUUUCAAUCUGAUCGAUCUUAAUAUUUGGAAUUUCUAUUUACAUUAGCCUGUGUAUCCUAUGUUUUCAUUGCAUUUAUUCUGUCAGAGCACAGGUAGCACUGCUAGAAUUAUUUGUUGUUUGGUUAGGAAGAUUUUAUUACCACAAAGCCUAGUGUAGGCAUUCAGUGCAUGUUGAAGCAAGACUUCAACGUGCACUGAAUGCCUUGACAAGAGGGCAGCAGGUAAGGAUGCAGGCCUUAUCUGAAUCCAGCUUAGCUUGACUGACUUUCUCCAGUCAUUCAACUUGUCUCGCUCUGCCAUGUGGUUGGUUCUUUUCUGUGCAAUAACCUUGAGGAAGAUCAUAUAAGACCCGCCUUCUAGAAGCAUGGCAACCAAUCAAAAAUGACAGCCUGUGACCAUGACAAUUCCCAAAUGUUGUUUUUUUUUUUUUAUGUCAUUGAAGACAUUUGACAGAAAAAAAUGUUGUCAGAAGUUAUUGAGAUCUGUCUGUAUAUGGCUUCUUUCAGCCUAGCUCUUCUCAGUCCAAAACAUGGACAACAUUGUUGUCCUCAGAGUGAGCGAUUGUGGUCCUUUACAUGUACAGUAGGUAGACAGCUAAGUGUUGGCUAAAGGAGUAAGGACUUGUUUGUUGCAUGAUUUAUGUCUUCAUUGUGUUCCUGGUUGGACUGCAUUUGCAACAUCAUUGCUACAUCACUGCACUCAUUUAAUUUAAAUUGGAGGGACUGUCACUCUUAACAUGAACUAUGGCUGGGGAGAAACUCUGGGACUCUGGCGGAGAGUGCAGCAAUUGCAGUAUGACACCAUUUCACCCACAGUUGCCACAUUUUCACCAAAGUGUACUGCAAAACUUCGAAAUGAAUAACUUUCCACAUAUCAAAAAUUGCUUGGCUGGCAAGAUUGAAACCUUUAUUGUGUCAAACAAUUAGUUUAAUGCUUGUUGGGAUGGGGGGUUCUGACUAAUUUAAUUUGUUUGUGCCCUGUUUGGAUUGCAUGUCAGAAAAUCCACCUUUCCUUUGCUUUUGUCAAAUUAAUCUUAGAUAGACGAUAUACAUGUAUGAUGUGCAAAACAUUCAACCCCCAUGGACGUCACUCUCAAUCUGUGUAACAGUGAAUCACAGCAGAUGAAAUAAUUGUUGAAAUUGUUGAAAAUGAUUAACAGAAAAUACUUUACCUCGUCAUCGAUCUACAUCCAUUACGAAUUAAAAAUACAAAAUAUUUGGCUGGCAUUGGCAUAACUAAGUAGUGGAAACUUGGGCAGAAAUUACAGCCUUCAGCCUGUUUGGAUUUCUAUUAGCUUUGCACAUCUGGGUACCUUCACCAUUCGUCUUUGUAAAACAGCUCAAACUUUACCCCAAGCUGCUUGGUGGAAGAAUUACCAGAAGUUAACAAAUAGCAACUACAGUUUGGCCACAGGGCGAUACUGUGAUUAUAACAAAUAAACUAUGGUCAAGGUGAAAGCUGAGACCUGUUGCAUAGAACAAGCUGGGAUCCUAAGUGUGACAGACAUCACAUUGGUUUCAUCUGUCUGCUGGUUACACCUCCAUGUGAAAUUCAGUGUCAUGACUCCUAAUAUGGGUGGUUCAUUGACAUGAAAGGAUCAGCUCACCCAAUUAAUAAAAUCAUAAUUCUCUCUUCCCUCUGA